AAAACAUGCAAGCCAAGAUAGCUGACUUUGGAUUAUCUAGAGCUUUUUCAACAGAAUUUGCCUCCCAUGUAUCAACUCGCUUUUGUAGGAACAUCUGGAUACCUAGACCCUGAAUUUCACUCAUCAGGAGUCAUUAACAAGAAAAGUGAUGUCUACAGCUUUGGAAUAGUUCUCUUAGAGCUGGUUUGCGGUCAGCCUGUCAUAACAAGAGGUGAAGAGCGCAUUCACAUAAUUGAGUGGAUUAAUCCUUUGAUUGAAAGAGGGGAUAUUCGGAGGAUCAUUGAUCCAAGGUUACAAGGUGCAUUCAACAUCAAUGUAGCCUGGAAAGCAGUGGAGAUAGCAAUGUCAUGUGUGUUGCCAAUUGGAAUCAAGAGGCCAGACAUGAGUUGUGUACUAUUAGAACUUAAGGAGUGUUUGGAUUUAGAAAUGGGUUCCAGAGAAACUUAGACAACGAAGAGCCAUAUAUUGAGUAAUUCCCUUGAAAUUGCUCAUCCUUUUGCUAGGUAAUUCAAUAGACAAUGUUUCAUGGAUUUCUGGAUAUCAAUCCCUCUUGUUGUUUAGGGCUAUAAACUUCUAUUAGUUUUGAGAUAAAGUCUAUUAAGUUACUUCUUAGCUAUGUCUUCUAUGUAAUUUUGUAAACCAUGUUAGUGGUGUUGUAGUUUGUAUUGUAGUUUCUUAACUUCUUUUUAUUUUAGUGAUUGCCUUGGAAAGGAAGAAAAGGUUGUAGCUUUUGCUUUUUCUUAGAAACUGGAUGGAUGUUCAACGCUGGUUUGCUAAGUAAUAUCAUAACUCAGUUCAUGUACUUCAUUUUUCAAGCUUAACUCUUGAGUUUAUGUUCAUUUUCACUUAAGUUUUCAUCUUUACAUCAUCAACUACAAAUAAAAACCCUUUGCGUAA